AUGGUAGCUAAUGAGGUUGAGCCUCCAGAAGAGUAUUUGAGAGGCCACAACACUGCACGAGCAAUGGUUGGGGUUCCUCCGCUGAAGUGGGAUGUGAAACUAAAAAAAAAAGCUCAAGAGUUGGUGAAUGAAUACCUGGAAAUCUGCUGGGGAAAACCACCGCCAUCCAAGUCCCCUAUCUACGGUGAGAAUCUGAUGUGGAAGUAUGCAUCCGCUGAACACGUUACAGCAGCAAAAGCGGUAGCGUGGUGGGUGACACAGAAAAAGUACUACGACCAUAAAUCCAACUCGUGUAUUGGUGGUAACUGUGAAGAAUACACUCAAGUUGUUUGGAGAGAAACUACUCAUGUUGGAUGCGCUAAUGCUAAAUGCCCAGAUACACCAGGCGUCGUUGCCAAAUGCACCGUUACUAUUUGUCUUUAUAAUCCUAAAGGAAACCUUCAAGGUCAUCGUCCUUUCUAG